AUGGAGCCCUUAUACGAGGAAUACCUAGCAAAUUGUGGAACAAUCGUCAAACCUUAUUACUGGCUAAGCUUCUCUCUAGAUUGCUCGAGCUGUCCGUACCAUAUCCGAACAGGUGAAGAAGCAAGAGUUUCCUACACAGAAUUUUAUCAGCUUUUUGGAUUUCCUUAUGGGCCAACACAUCCUCAAACAAAACACCUGACAUUUUAUGAACUUAAAACUUCUGCUGGUAGCCUGGUACAGAAGGGCCACGCAAGCAGUUGCACGGGGAAUCACAUCCAUCCGGAGUCAAUGCUGUUUGAGACAAACGGCUAUCUCGACUCAGCCAUACACAAUGAUGACAGCAUCAGGCAUGUCAUUCUUUAUUCUAACUACUCCCCUUGUAAUGAAGCUAACCACUGCUGUGUCAGCAGGAUGUACAAUUUCCUCCUCACGUAUCCAUAUCUCACUCUCAGUAUUUACUUUUCUCAGUUCUAUCACACUGAGCCUGAAUUCCCUGUCUCGGCCUGGAACCACGAAGCACUUCGGAGCCUGGCCAGCCUAUGGCCACAGGUCACUUUGAGUCCCAUAAGUGGUGGGAUUUGGCAUGCUCUCCUCAGCAACUUUGUCAGUGGUGUCUCAGGAGCAACUGCUUUUCCGUCCAUUUUAACUGGGAGAGCACUGGCUGACAGACACAAUGCAUAUAAAAUUCAUGCCAUAACAGGGGUAACACCACACUUCACCGAUGUCCUUUCCCAGGCAAAAGAGAAUCCGAACAUAAAGGCUCAGGCGGUGUUAGACAGCUACCCCUUCAAUGGUGCAUUUCCCAGACAGUCCUUUCAAACGAGGAGUGGACAAAUGCCGCCCAACCUAGCACCAGACCUCAGGGUUCCUGUUGUUUUUGUGCUAGUGCCUCACAGAGAACUACCGCCAAUCCAUGUGAGUCAAAACCCAAAUAAACCCAGGAAUGUCAUAAGGCACUUAAAUGUGCCUCAAAUGUCAUUCCAGGAAGUCAAGGACCUCAGAAGGCCUCCCAUUGGAAGGUCAGUGGAGACAGUGGAAAUCACAGAACAGUUUGAAAGUGACAAAGAGGUAGAUAGAAAGAAGAAGAACAAGAAGAAAGGGAAAAAAUAA